CUCACACUCGCCCCGCUCUGCCUGCCCGCCCGACACAGACGCUCCACUUACAGCGUCGGAGGCAGGACUGAGGCUCACACUAUCAGCUCAGCUUCUCAAUGGGGGGACGUGGCCAAAAGCAGACAGAGCGGUCAUUCCACCGGAGCCUUCCGCCGAGUUCGUGAGAGAAAGAGAGAGAGAGAGAAGGACAGAGGGGCGGGGGGCGGGGGGGUAACGGCGAGCGAGGGCAGGCGGCGGAUGGGGGCAAAUUAGGACCCCCUUUCAUCUCAGCAGAGGAGUUUCGAAAGACUCUGAAAGAGAGAAGAGCAGCAUCUCUGUGGCCGAUAGAGCCGUGAGUCUCUCACACACCUUGGUCAGUUUUUGACACCUAUUGUCCUCCCACCUGGGUGGCGUUUUUGGGGGACUCGUGUUAGGGUUUUUUUCUGCUUGUUUUUUUUUUUUUUUUUCAAAGAAAAAUCACAGCAGCAGAAGUCCAGAGUGAUUUUUUUUCCCCAUUUAUUUUUUUUUGGGGUUUUACCUGCAGGUGGAAUUCAUGAAGAGACGAUGGAAUUAAGACGGACAGGCUGUGAUUCUGACUAAGCUCCUUUUCUCCAUCUGAACGCGCUGCUCAGACUCGGCCUUACCAUGUCCUGGUUGUUGGCCAUGUGGAUUAGCCUCGGCUUCCUGCUGCUGUGCCAGGCCACACUCUACCAGACCAUCCAGCAGCACCACGUGGCCCGACCCGGUCGCACCGACAUCCUCACUCUGGAGGGAGGAACCUGUGAGGUGAUUGCCGCUCACAGGUGCUGCAACAAGAACCGCAUUGAGGAGCGUUCGCAGACGGUCAAAUGCUCCUGUUUGCCCGGGAAAGUGGCCGGAACGACACGCAACAAACCCUCCUGCGUGGACGCGUCCAUUGUAAUUGGGAAGUGGUGGUGUGAGAUGGAACCAUGUCUGGAGGGAGAAGAGUGCAAGACUCUGCCUGACAACUCUGGAUGGAUGUGCUCAUCUGGGAACAAGAUCAAGACCACAAGGAUUCACCCCAGGACCUAACAGCGAGCUCCCGGUUGCAGGACUGCGCGCCAGGCUUCACACCCUUUCUGAACUUUUUGUCUCCUCCCGUUGAACUGACUAAAACUAUCACAUCCGCGGCCACCGACUGGCUUACCCCGGGACGGCAGAGAGGAUAUCCAUCCAGAUAAAACAGCUUUGCUCAUUUGGUGCCAAGGAUGUGAAACAGCACUAAUCCCCUGUUUGAUCAGUGAGCCCCGCGUCGGUGACUCUCUCCUCUUCCUGUGGCCAGUUUCCAACCUGCUCUCUUUCUGUUUCCUCGCCCUGUCUUUACCUGAAAGCUUGACACAACUUUGCAGGGGCUCAUUUAGAGGUUGGUCAAGUAUUUUGAAGACAAUCUCCCGGCCUGCCCGCAGGGUGAACCGGUCGAGGGGCGCACACAAAACUAAACUUGAGAUUCACACAAGUGGUUGCGCAGGGGAGUCAAAUUGACCCUCAUUUUCUGUUAUAUCUGUGCAGAAAUCAUUCGUGUUUGACUCGCUGAUGGAGACAGAUGCCAUUUCUGUGAGUGCAGGAGAGGCAGGACUUCCAGUGACUUGGACCUGCUGGCUGCCUAUGAUGAGAUACGAGAACUCUCCUUCUCCUGGUCUGACUUUAUGGCCCCGAGCUUCAUCUUCUAUAUGGGACACGUUGGCUUUUACUGCUGGGCAUGCCCAAUGUCGAUUUCAUGAGCACCACAUUUAUUUUAUGUAAGAUCAUUUGUGUAAAUAAACACAUAAAUACACAAAGUACGCUGUAAGAUGACAGGUCCAAGAGGCUGAUAAAUGUGCCAUCCUAAUAACACAUCAACCAGUUCCUAAAGGACCCGCUUCACAAUGUAUGCUUGUGUUAAAGGGGGGGAAACGGCUGCAAAUGAAUUGUAACAAUUAAUUCUGGGAUGCUUUUUUUUUCUUGUCAUUCAGCGAUGCUUUCGGCUGGGCACAGGCAAUGUUUGAUGAGGGAAAACAAUGUAUAGAAUCGCCUCACGUGUGGAAGCAGAGCUGACGACACUUUGGGCCCAGACUCGGCAGGGACUCGGAGCAGCUGUGGAUAAACUAUGAGCAUGAUCAUAAGAAACGGGAGUCGUGUCUCUCUCGCGCAUGGGAGACGGAAGAUUUGCUUACAAUGACAGAGAGAAAGUAUUAGUCCCAAUGGAGAAAAAUAGCUAUCCCCCAGUAGAUAUAAGACAGCCUUAUGAAAAAUAAAAUUUGUUUUCUAUACUGAAAUGUUGUCUGCCGUUUCU